GCAACCAGUAAUUUCAAUGUUUUAUCCCUUUUUGUAGCAUCAUGUGAACAAGUUGAUGUAGGAGUGAGCUGGUACAUUCUCGACAAUCAGUUAAAUGCUUCUUCUGAACUGAAUGCCAGCACACCAGCAAAGAACGGUAGACUGAACUUCGUAGCGGGAUCAUCAUGGUGUGCAUCCACAAGUGACAGCAGUCCAUAUCUACAGAUUGACUUACAGAUUCCUUACAUCAUCUGUGCUGUAUCCACUCAGGGGAAUUCCCAGGGGAGUCAGUGGGUGGAGUCUUACACCCUACAGUCAUCUACAGAUGGGACAACUUGGACAGACUAUAAAGAAAAUGGACAAGUUAAGGUAGUUGAAGUUAAAGGGUGCAUAUAUUAAUGGCCUGGCCCAUCACUUUAAAAAGGAAAAAAUUAAUGCUUUCUUUUGAGUUUUUUUGCUUUUUCCUACCACCCUACUUAUGGUAAGACUGGUCUUGCUGCAAGCACAAUUCUGACUGAUACUGGAAUUAUGUUGACUGGACCUUUCUUGCUUGACAGUUUUAACCCAUGGUAAUCAUCCUAAGAUAGGUUUUUUUAUUUUACACCACAACUGUUGAGAUACAGUUCUAGUGGUAUUGACUGAAUAUCAUUUAAAGGGAAGAUGCCCUCUGCAACUUGAGAGCAACAGUUUCAGUUCAUUUUAAUAUGAAUAAAAUGUUAAGAGCUUCAUUUCUGAGGUACAUGUACUUACAGUAAGAUUAUUCUUGCGAAUGAACCAAGUACACAGGUCCCCGGGACACAGGUAAAAGGAAACCAGUGUCAAGUUUAUAUUUUCAUUCACGUACAAAAGUGAUCUUAAUACAAUACUUGUGUGUAUAAAAAAAAGUGUUUUUGGGCUCUGGAUUUUUCUUCAGCUGUGAAGGCAGGGAACUGUGAGAUUUGUAAGCAGGAUGCAAAUUAAAUGUAUUAACAGGCUUUUCUCAGCAAUAGUUGCAGUUGUCGAGAAAAGAAAAUGUUUUAUCCCAUUCUUAAUGCUUGCCACCACACUGGUUCUUUGAAUGUGCACGAGGAUCAUUCGUUGGGCAUCAUUUCAAAUUGUUGGAUCAAAGGACUUGAGGCAAAAUUUUUGUCUGAGUAUUAAAUUUUUGCCAUUUGCCGAUCAGUACACAGCUUUCUGUCAUUCCAAGAAGAUUGGGAUGAGAGAGGUGAUGGAAUAGACGUUUGUUUUUAGCGCUCCAGCAUAAACGGGUCUAGAAGAUAAAAUUUCGCUCUAAUUCAAGUUGACAAGCAAGUACAUAGCAUUUCAUAAUCUAUUUUACCCCAAAAUCUGCAGAAUUCCACCCAACAAAGUCAAUAACGGACACGGGUUUCGAGCUCGGACGAAGACGACCACUCCAGACAUACUCCAGCGUGCUAGCCGAGAACGCUGUUGUUGAUUCAGGACAUUCAGAUGAACUUAGAAAAGCUGAAGGUGCUUGACAAAAUUAAUGACCGGCUAAGUAACAUUGAAUACGAUAUAAAAAACAUCAAAGGUAAUGUCGCAACAGUGAUGUGGCAGAUGUAGAACAAGACUUGGAAAGAAAGCGGAGAAAGAGAAGCUUGAGGAACUGGAAAACGAAGUUGAGGAAUUACACAACACGUCUAGGCGAAACAACCUUGUAUACUAUCAUGUUCCGGAAAAAGCAGAAGGACAAGAAUGUGCAGAUUUCAUCGAAGACUUUAUAGCUACUCACAUGGGCCUAGAGACUCUAUGUGUACAUGUUGAAAUAGAACGGGCGCAUCGUACACCAACAAGGCGAGCGAAAAAUUCUGACAACGAAAAACCAAGACCAAUUCAUGCAGCGUUCUUACGAUUCACUGAUAAACGCCGCUGUUAGACGAAAGGAUAAUCCCUUUCAAGGAAAGAGAACACAAGAACGACGAAAGGAGCUCGUUCCCUAUAAAAAAAAAUCUAUAGAAGAAACUAGGGCAAAAAGAAAGGCUUUCAUUGCUUACCCUGGAAGAGAAUGGUAGUGAAAUGAAAAGCGAAAUAGAAAAAAUAAAUAAAUAAAAAUAGGUAAAAGGAGCCUUUGACUGAAAGUUUCUAAUGCUCCAUUUAGGGGGUAAUUUUUGCAUAAUUUGCAUGAAUUUGCUUAAUUGAAAUUCCAAGAAUUUAAGUUAGAGUUCAUUCUGCACAACAUUCUCCUAGGAAGGUUUUACAAAAUAGAUGUUUUUGUUUCUGCUGUUGUUGUUUUCUAUUAUUAUUGUUUUAUGUAACUUUGUCCGUGUACAAAGGCGGUAUGCUUUGCCAGUUCGACUCGAUUGACGAACGCGGAUCCGUAAUCAAUGAUUUCCUCUAGUUAUUAAUAAAUGUUUGUCGCGUUCGUCAGAAGGCAUCUUAAUCUGGUGUUUCUGUAGCACAAAGGCAGAAAUUUUCAAGCUAUCACGGGCGACUACAAAUUAGCCGCCUCUACUAAUUUUAUCAGGGGCAUCUCGGCCGGGAAACUAGACUCCUUUCGACUCGAUUUCGUUUCCGUAAGUGACGAACGCGGAUCCGUAAUCAAUGAUGACCUCUAAUUUAACCAUAGUGGUAAACAACGCCGAGAUAGAAAAACAAAUAGCAAUAACUAUUAAUUCACGUGAAUAUUACUAUUAUAAAUGGAAACCUUUAAUCGAGAAGAAGUUUUUUUGCUAACAAUAUUAAUUCAACCAGUAAGGACUAUACUCAACAUCAGAAUUGCAUUGAUUUUAGAGUACUUUUGUAGCAAGACUGCAAUACAAUGUACUGUAAUUUAUUGUAAAGUAUGGUAAUUUCUUUUUGUUCUUUAUUGUUUAUUUUUUUUUAGUUUAUUUAAAGGCAACUUUUGUUGUCUACGUAAGUCAUGGUAAGUGUUGUUAGAGAUUGAAAUAAAAAAACUAUAUUUAAAAAAACAGAAAAUUCCAAGAGGAUUCUGCCACAUAAAUGGUUUAAAGCAAUGGGCAAAUGAUCUACACUUGAAAAACUCGCUGUAAAUUUACUACUACUUUUCAGCUUUCAGAUUCAUAAAGUAAAGUACNAGCAAAAUAAAAUCCUUGUCCUUGGACAAAAUGCCUGUGAAAUUAUUACCUAAUUUCAAUCGUCACCAUUUAAUUACACAUACUAAUUCUCCCAACCCUUUUUCUUGAUAAUCAAUGGAAAAUGUUAGGAGAAAAUUGAUGUUGGUCACCAUAGGGACUUAAAUGGUUACAAGGCUGCAAAUAACAGUCGGUCAUCGGACAAUUCAGUGUUCUCCCUAAAUUUUAGCUCAGCAGGUAAGGGCUCAUUUAUGGACGGUAAGGCAAAAAAUAUAUACUUUUCUAAGGGGGGGGGGGGGGGGGGGGGCGGUGGAGGAGGGGUAGGAGGAGGUAGAAAAAGGCUGUGGCUGUUGUCACUUCUUUCAGGACACCACUCUGAAACAAUUUAGCUCUGGUUUGUGCUUUUGUCUGCUUUCGUAAAGUGUUAAAGCAACCCUGGCUAAUUGAGUCAUAACUUGGAUACCCUUUUAUUGUACAGUAGAAUUUUGGUAUCAUUAAUACUACAGUUACAGGUGUUCAGGUGUUUUUAGGAAGGGCAAGAUGAAAGAAUAGGGGUAGGGAUGAUGUGGAGGAUGGGGAGGGGGGGGUUUGGGGUACUCAAACUCCCAGGGCUUAACCCAUUUUCUGCUGCAUGAAGCACCUAGGAGUAUAAAUUGCUUCUCCCCUGUGAAUGGAAUGCUAGUCUGUUCAAAGGUUACCUUCAUCACACUUAUAUACUGAGGUGGAAGAAUGACAAGCGUGUAAAGGAGAAAAGUUUGUUAUCUAAGGCAGAAAUGCCAUGUGGUAAAGAAAAUUAAAUCCAGCAGGGGGGAAGUGGGGAGUGAGAGGUUGAUACCCCACUGGGUUCACAGGAAAGUCACUAAGAGCCAGGGACCAGGAAUUUCCUAGCUAUGUCCUACUACCAGUAUGACCCCUGGCUACUUUCAUAGGAAACAAAACGAAAGCAAAGCUAUAGAAUUUCCUUGCUGUUCAGAUCCUUACCUAUAAUUUGCAUAUAUCUUGCCACUAGAAAUCUUAGUGACAGCCCUGGGUUUAAUACAUUGAACUCUAUCUUUACUACUUUAAGAAUUACCAUCUAAAUGGUAAGCCUUUUUUUUGCUCAAUUUUGAUUUUUUUUUCCAGACCUUCGAUGGAAACUUCGAUCAGAACUCAGUAGAAAAACAGGUUUUGUUCAGUGCAUUUGUUGCCAGAUACUUGCGUUUUGUUAUUGGGUCUACACAUGGUGGAGCUUGUUUACGAGUAGAAGUCUCUGGCAUACCUAGAAGCAGAGGUUUGAUAUUUUUAAUUGCAGAAAUUGUUCAGUUUUUAAGGAAUAUAGUUUUUUAGCCAGUUGUGGAGCCUUCCUUCCUUCGCAUCAUUGAAAAGAUCUUUUUCCUUUUUGCAACAACAUCAGCUCUUGAACCAUUAUCUUUUUCAUUCUUUUCAAAAAUCUUGUUAAAAUACAGUCUUUGCAAGUAAUUCACUGUAUGGCGUAGUCUCUCCUCACUCCUUGCCACUAAAUUUCGCAUGAAAGAGGUCUGCAAUUUUGCCCCAAAGAUUUUAUAUAGAUCAUCAUAUGUAGAUUUGUCUGGAAUCUAGUCAACUAACAGGGAUUGGUCAAAGUUGUCAUUCUGUUCUUUUAGUUAUUGUUUACGAAUGACAGAAACAUACAAAAGGUCACAAAGAUGUACAGGACAGUAAAUGCCAUGAAUCAACUAAAAAAGUCAUGAUUCUUGGAAUAUAAUCUUCUUUAUAAGAAGAAUUUGAGUUUUGCUGCUGCAAAUAGACGAGGAGAGACUUUAAGACAAACAAUUUUCUAGCUAGAACCCCAUGACUACAAGAUUAAUUUUGUAAAUAUUGAUUCAUGUCAUCAAUAUGGAAAUUUGGGGGCCAUUUCGCAGAUGUAUUUCCUGUGAAAGGUCUUCAUUGGCAAGGAAUGAAGAGAGAUGGCUAGAUGUAUUUUCAAGAUAGUCUGUGACCAACCUGUCAAAAUUAAGAGGUUGAGAAUUUGAACAGUUACCGAUCAAUACUUGCCAAGACCAUUUUUUUAUACUGCACUGCAGACACACUUAAUAUACAACUGUACAUGUACUUUGAACAUUAACAAGUUGAUUCUGGAAAGUCUUCGAUCCUUGAUUUUCCUCUUUUUAAGCGUGUACUCUAAGAAAAAUUCUAAGGUUCCCAAUGCUCUGUACCUGUGAAACCCAGGUUACCAAGCAUAUGAUUUCAAUGCAAAAGCUGAAAUUCUCUAGUCUCCCAAGAACAGAAUUAAGGACCCUGAAGUGGUCUCCAGGAGCUGGGGCUGACAGCACAACCUACAACCCUGCUACGUGUAUCUGUAAUUUUUAUUAUUUGUUUGGUUUUCAGUUCAGAGUAAUAUUGCCCUAUUCAAGCCGACCUCUCAGUCAAGUACAUACAAUGCCGAUUGGUAUGCUAGCAAUGCGGUGGAUGGAAAUAGGGGUCCACAGUCCAGCAAGUGUACACACACUUUAACAGAAAGCGAUCCUUGGUGGCGAGUAGACCUGGGACGAGUAGAGCCUGUAGCUGAAGUGAAUAUACUCAACAGAGGAGAGUGCUGUGGGACGAGGUUAAACGGAGCUGAGAUAAGAGUUGGUAGGUAGUAAGUGUGGGAGAUGCUGUAAUCAGUUGCUUUACCUUGUUCAGAUUUGUUCCUUGUUCAUUUUGAAAUAUUUCAAUUAAUAUGAGAUUACUUUUCCAUUGGCUUUUGCACGUGCAGCACGCUUUUUUGUCUUUCCCUUGCCGUUGUUUCGCACGACUACAACGCUGUUUUGUACGACUAAAACGUCAAACUUCCCAGUUACACAUUAUUUUUAUGGAGGAAUUGUCGCAUGUGCUUACCCAAUAUUUUGUUUCCUGUGUUCAUGUUCGCUUUUAUUUUUCACUGUUGCUCAUUUUCACUUUGCUGGCCGCUAGGAUUUCUCAUUUUCUCACCGCCGCUUUGAAUUGCCAUGUUUUUCUUCCUACGAAAUUUGUCUCCUUUGUUUNAGGUUAAACGGAGCUGAGAUAAGAGUUGGUAGGUAGUAAGUGUGGGAGAUGCUGUAAUCAGUUGCUUUACCUUGUUCAGAUUUGUUCCUUGUUCAUUUUGAAAUAUUUCAAUUAAUAUGAGAUUACUUUUCCAUUGGCUUUUGCACGUGCAGCACGCUUUUUUGUCUUUCCCUUGCCGUUGUUUCGCACGACUACAACGCUGUUUUGUACGACUAAAACGUCAAACUUCCCAGUUACACAUUAUUUUUAUGGAGGAAUUGUCGCAUGUGCUUACCCAAUAUUUUGUUUCCUGUGUUCAUGUUCGCUUUUAUUUUUCACUGUUGCUCAUUUUCACUUUGCUGGCCGCUAGGAUUUCUCAUUUUCUCACCGCCGCUUUGAAUUGCCAUGUUUUUCUUCCUACGAAAUUUGUCUCCUUUGUUUUCAAUAACUCGCCUUAGCUCUUUCUCUGUUAUCCACGUUAGUGUAAACGUAAAAAAUAAUGCCGAAAUAGACACGAGUUUUUUCUUUCCAAAAGUCCGGGCGGCCAUGUCAUUUCCUGCCAAAUAAAACCUUGAGUUGCAUUUAAGUUCCGAUACCUGUUGAUUGAGUUAUUUUACAUUGGUAUGCCUGUGGUUCGGAUGGACGGUCGCUCGCUCGCUCGGUGGACGGUCACGUGAUUACCAAAUUUUCUCGGAUGGCUAGAUUACCACAUUUCCUUAGCUAUGGGGCUCUGCUAGUGCCGCGGGUGGAGCUCCGCUAUUACAGAUAAAUCCAAUAUGAUCACAGUCAGGAAAGAGGAAAGGGAGAUCUAAGUAGACUCUAAUAGAUUCUAACGUGAUAUUAUCGCGAUAAUAUCCGAUAUCAUCGCAAUCAGGAAAGGGGAAAGGGAGAUCUAAAUAGACUUUAGUAGAUUCUAACGUGAUAUUAUCGCGGUAAUCAUCCAGUAUCAUCGCAAUCAGGAAAGAGGAGGGUGGGAUGUAAGUAGACUCUAGUGGUAGAUAUAAAGAGAAUAUUACACGGUGGCGCGAAGAUAUGAAUUUUAUUUUCGAGUGGCAAAACAAUAUUUUACGAACGAGCGCAGCGAGUGAGCAAAAUAUUGUUUUUUCAUUUACCUUAAUACGGUGUCUAAUUAUCUCAAGGACUUUCUAAUAAGUAACCAUAGAGGCAAUACCUUACCGUACUGACUACACGAGUAAUGUCAUCUGCAAAAGAACCCGUUACAUUCAAACUAAACACCGAGUGAAAUUUGAUUACGUCAUUCCUGUUAGAACACGUUAAAAGAAGGCUUAGAACAUGACCAAAUUACGGUGAAUCAAAUGUGAAAAAAAAGCAACAGCCUAAACAGCUAGGGUAUGGAUAUUUUCUGGAACUUCACAUUUUCUUUAAUUCACUUUGCCAGGAAAUGAAACAACAAAUGGAGGAGCAAACAACCAUCUUUGUGCAAAUAUCACACAAAUCCCACAAGGAGGUUCCAAGACAUAUUCCUGUCGUCCCAAAGCAUAUGGCAGAUAUUUGUAUAUCAGAAUACCUGGCAGAAAAAAAACUUUGACUCUCUGCGAGGUUGAAGUUUAUUCAUUAAGUAAGAGUGUUAAUCUUUCCUCCUGUUUAUUUUGUAGGUAUGCAUGAUGCUUGUGUGUGUAUCUUUUUUUUUCUCCUUUUACUAAACAAGUAAUCUGAUUUAAAAAAUACUUGCCAUGACCAUCUUUUUAUUCUGCACUGCAGACACACUACAUGUAUGUACAGCUGUACAUGUACUUUGAACAUUAACAAGUUGAUUCAGAAAUGCCUUCAAUACUUGAUUUUCCGCUGUUUAAGGCUGUACCCUAAGAAAACUUCUAAGGGGCCCAAUGCUCUAUAGCUGUGAGAUCCAGGGUGCCCAUGCCAGCAUGUGAUUUCUGAGAUUUUCUAGUCGCCAAGAGCUGGGGAGAGCACAGCCUGAAACCAUGCUGUGUUUAUCUGUAAUUGUUAUUAUUUGUUUGGUUUUCAGUUCAGAGUAAUAUUGCCCUAUUCAAGCCGACCUCUCAGUCAAGUAGACUCGGUAAUUACUAUGCUAGCAAUGCGGUGGAUGGAAAUAGGGGUACAAUGAUUGGCAAAUGUACACACACUCUCGAAGACAACAGUCCUUGGUGGCGGGUAGACCUGGGACGAGUAGAGCCUGUAGCUGAAGUGAAUAUACUCAACAGAGGGGACUGCUGUGGGAGCAGGUUAAACGGAGCUGAGAUAAGAGUUGGUAGGUAG